UCCUGCCUUCGGGUUCCAGCAGAGCCGAGGAAGCCCACGGAAUAAGAAAGGAAGUGGGUCGGAGCUUGGAAGCUCCGCAGCCGGCGAGCCCUAGGCUUCGAGGGGGCGGGAGUCAACGCGCACCAGUUGCGGGCGGGGAGCGCGGUCACCCUCCUCACUCUCUUUUCUCAUUUGUUUUGAUGGUUUGUGCAACGAUCUUGUCUGCAUUGGGCUUCUCUCCUUUUUCAUAUUUGGUAGCUCUCCACCGCCUGGCUUUUGCUUUUUGCUCCUCCUCCCCUCCCCCUUUUUAUUUUUCUCUCUCCGUCUCUUGGAGCACAAUUCCAAACAUUUUCCAAACCAACAAAGAAAAAGUUCGCACGCUGGCACCGCGGCCAGGGCAGGCUGGCGGUCUGCUGCGGGUUCCCCCUACCCUCCUCCCCUAGACACUUGACUCAACCUUGCAAGCGAGUGUGUAGAGAGUGUGUGGGUAGGUGGGUGGGAGGGUGAGUCCCCCACCCCCGCCCCUGAAACUUCCAUAGCAAAUAGCAAACAUCCAGCUAGACUCAAUCGCGCAGCCCCUCCCGGCGGGCAGCGCACUAUGCGGCUCGAGUGGGCGUCCCUGCUGCUGCUGCUGUGCGCGUCCUGCCUGUCCCUGACCGCUGACAGCCCCACCAGGGCACCUGCCCAGGAUAAAACAAGGCAGCCUCGGGCUGCUGCAGCGGCCGCCCAGCCGGGCCAGCGGCAGGGGGAGGAGACGCAGGAGCUGGAGCAUCGGAACCUCCUGGCCAAGCAGCGCAGGAGCAGCGGGCUGGUGCAGAAUAUAGACCAGCUCUACUCAGGCGGUGGCAAGGUGGGCUACCUUGUCUACUUGGGCGGCCGGAGGUUCCUGCUGGAUCUGGAGAGGGAUGACUCAGUGGGCACCACUGGUGGCAUCCUUACUGCAGGAGGCGGGCUGAGUGCAUCAUCUAGCCACCGGGGUCACUGCUUCUACCGGGGCACUGUGGAUGGCAGCCCUAGAUCCCUAGCUGUCUUUGACCUCUGUGGGGGUCUCGACGGCUUCUUCGCGGUCAAGCACGCUCGCUACACCCUGAAGCCGCUCCUGCGUGGGUCCUGGGCAGAGGCAGAGGCCGGUCGAGUGUACGGGGAUGGCUCUUCGCGCGUCCUGCACAUCUACACCCGCGAGGGCUUCAGCUUCGAAGCCCUGCCGCCACGCGCCAGCUGUGAGACUCCCGCGUCCCCGCCUAGGCCUCAAGAGCGCCCCUCGGUGCACGGUAGUUCCAGGCGACGCGCAGCUCUGGCCCCGCAGCUCCUAGACCGGUCAGCCUUCUCAGCAGCUGGGGACGCAGGACCUCAGACCUGGUGGAGGCGGAGGCGCCGCUCCAUCUCUAGGGCCCGCCAGGUGGAGCUCCUUUUGGUGGCUGACUCCUCCAUGGCAAGGAUGUACGGCCGGGGCCUGCAGCAUUACCUGCUGACCAUAGCCUCCAUCGCCAACCGGCUGUACAGUCACGCUAGCAUCGAGAACCACAUCCGCCUGGCCGUGGUGAAGGUGGUGGUGCUGGCUGACAAGGAGAAGAGUCUGGAGGUGAGCAAGAAUGCCGCCACGACCCUCAAGAACUUUUGCAAGUGGCAGCAUCAGCACAACCAGCUAGGCGAUGACCAUGAGGAGCACUAUGAUGCAGCCAUCCUCUUCACCCGAGAGGAUUUAUGUGGGCAUCAUUCAUGUGACACCCUGGGAAUGGCAGACGUUGGGACCAUAUGUUCUCCGGAGCGCAGCUGUGCCGUGAUUGAAGACGAUGGCCUCCACGCAGCUUUCACUGUGGCUCAUGAAAUUGGACAUCUACUUGGCCUCUCUCAUGACGAUUCCAAAUUCUGUGAAGAGAAUUUCGGUUCCACAGAGGACAAACGUCUAAUGUCUUCAAUCCUUACCAGCAUUGAUGCAUCCAAGCCAUGGUCGAAAUGCACUUCAGCCACCAUCACAGAAUUCCUGGAUGAUGGUCACGGUAACUGCUUGCUAGACCUACCACGAAAACAGAUUCUGGGUCCUGAGGAACUCCCGGGACAGACCUACGAUGCCACCCAGCAGUGCAACUUGACAUUUGGGCCUGAAUACUCUGUGUGUCCUGGCAUGGAUGUCUGUGCCCGGCUGUGGUGUGCUGUGGUGCGCCAAGGCCAAAUGGUGUGUCUGACCAAGAAGCUGCCUGCUGUGGAGGGGACGCCCUGUGGGAAGGGCAGAAUCUGCCUGCAGGGCAAAUGUGUGGACAAAACUAAGAAAAAAUAUUACUCAACAUCAAGCCAUGGAAACUGGGGAUCCUGGGGCCCCUGGGGCCAGUGUUCUCGCUCAUGUGGGGGAGGAGUACAGUUUGCCUACCGCCAUUGCAACAACCCUGCACCUCGAAACAGUGGCCGCUACUGCACAGGAAAGAGGGCCAUAUACCGCUCCUGCAGUGUGACGCCCUGUCCACCUAAUGGUAAAUCUUUUCGUCAUGAACAGUGUGAGGCCAAAAAUGGCUAUCAGUCUGAUGCAAAAGGAGUCAAAACAUUUGUGGAAUGGGUUCCCAAAUAUGCAGGUGUCCUGCCAGGAGACGUGUGCAAGCUUACCUGUAGAGCCAAGGGCACUGGUUACUAUGUGGUCUUUUCUCCAAAGGUUACAGAUGGGACUGAAUGUCGGCCGUAUAGCAACUCUGUGUGUGUCCGAGGGAGAUGCGUGAGAACUGGCUGUGAUGGCAUCAUUGGCUCAAAGCUGCAAUAUGACAAGUGUGGAGUAUGUGGAGGGGACAAUUCCAGUUGUACAAAGGUUAUUGGAACCUUCAAUAAAAAAAGUAAGGGUUACACAGACGUUGUGAGGAUCCCCGAAGGAGCAACUCACAUAAAAGUCCGACAAUUCAAAGCCAAAGACCAGACUAGGUUCACUGCCUAUUUAGCCCUAAAGAAGAAGAAUGGUGAGUACCUUAUCAAUGGCAAGUAUAUGAUCUCCACUUCAGAGACUAUCAUCGACAUCAAUGGCACAGUCAUGAACUACAGUGGGUGGAGCCACAGAGAUGAUUUUUUGCAUGGGAUGGGCUAUUCAGCCACAAAAGAAAUUCUGAUUGUACAGAUUCUUGCAACAGACCCAACGAAAGCUUUAGAUGUCCGUUACAGCUUUUUUGUUCCCAAGAAGUCCACUCAAAAAGGAAACUCAGUCAUUAGCCAUGGCAGCAACAAAGUGGGACCACACACUCCACAGCUGCAGUGGGUGACAGGCCCAUGGCUGGCCUGCUCUAGAACCUGUGACACAGGCUGGCACACCAGGACGGUGCAGUGCCAAGAUGGAAACCGGAAACUAGCAAAGGGAUGCCUUCUCUCUCAGAGGCCUUCUGCAUUUAAGCAAUGUUUGCUGAAGAAAUGUUAGCCUGUGGUUUGUUCCCAUGCACAAAGAUAACUGGAGGAUCAUCGCAGAUGUCAUUGUGGUGAAGACACGGCCUAACCAAGGCACAGAAAGUGGUGCAUCAGUGUCGUGGUCACUAGGAGUCGAAUUAUGGGCAGAAUCUGCUCUCUGCGAACAAAACAUGUACACUACUUCAUGUUAUGACGGUGCACUUGAAAUACAGAAAGCGUGGGGGUUUUGGAACAUCCUUGGGCCUACACAAAAGGAGACACGCAAUGAUGAAUGUAGACUCGAGGACAGUUGAAGAUGGCAGAGUAGUUUUGUCACCUACCUCUUAUAGAAUGUCUUCAAAGGCAUCGUGAUCAUGUCCAGACAUGACACACAGCUUAUUUUUACCGUUUGUAAAUGCAUCCACCCUUGGAAUGUCACUUUAUAGCCUUGGUCCUAUUGAUCUAUCUAUAUGUAUAUUUCAAUAAGAAAGUAUUUGACCAAAGUAGGUCUGCGGCUGUUUCAACUACCAGCUUCCAGAAAGAGCUGUGGAAGAUUUACUGGAAAUUAAGACCUUGCUGCUGUUAAACAAGAUUUUGUGUAUUGUCUGACUGCAGGAGAUAAGGUUUUAGUCAAAAAACAUUUUGACAGCAAACAUCUUCUGAGAAAUUCUAAAAGGGGAAAGGAUCUGUGUGUAUCUGGUCAUUUAAACACAUCCUCAGGUCCAUGUACUCUAACAUUUGACUGUCUGUAUUUUUUUCAGGCAGCCAGCCAAAUUAUUGUAUCAUUGUGGUGUAGAAAUUGUGUUUUCCUGUGUAUAUGUGAUCAAUAUCCAAGGGUCUUAAACAUUAGUUUGCUUAUAUUGGAAUUUAAAAGAAAAAAUAUGUCACUAUGUUUUCAAUUUAUAGUUUCACAACAGCUUACUUUCUGUGGCUCCCAGCUAAUAUUUCACAAUGUGUAGUAAACGUAAAGAACACACAGCAUCAAGUUAUCUGUCACAUCCAGCACCUUCAGUACCAGCAUACCUCUUCUCAGCCAGCCUUCAAAAUGUGUUUGUGUUUGCUUGUUUGUUUUUCCCAAGAGUUGGAAAAGACUUAUAUUCUGUAUUGACUGGGUCUAACAGUAAUAUUAAAAUCACUUCAUGUUUAGUCUCAUCUAAAAGGAGUAAUCGAUAUUAAUUCAAUUAAUUCAAUAAAUCAAACUCAUUAGCAUUAAUAAGACUGUUUCCACAUCAUAGGCAAUCAUCUCAUAAUUAAAAAAACAAGUAUAUACCUACUGUAUUAGAGAAUUUUCCCAAUUGCAAAGUGUUUGACUAUACCAGUGAAUGUAUAAAUAAUGAAAUUUAAGGGUUUUCAGGAAGUCUCUUGCCUGUGCAGGAAGGUUGCAUAUUAAAAAUAUUUAAUAAUCAUAAACAGAAAAUAUUCUUUAGACUAUACACUGCACAACUCCCCUUGGAUAACUCCAAUAAUAUAGCAUGUUUUAUUCCACUGAGAUUUUUUUCAUUUGUGAAAUACUGCAAAGCAAAUUGUUUUAGAUAAAUUUUAUAGUGAUCAUACCAAAUGUGCCUACUGUUAAAGAUUUGCAUAUAUGGAUUUUAGGAAAUCCUGACUGGAAUUCCACUAAAUGUAUGAGAGUUUAUUUUAUUAUAGGAUAUUUUAAUAUAAAAAAUUAUGUAAUUGAUGACUCUAUGUCACCUUUAUUUCAGCAGACCAGAAAGAAAAGA